AUGUACCUUCCUUCGUUUCCAUAUCCCCAACCCAAGGACGGGUACUGGAGUCCGGUCACUUCAACCUUGAACUGGUGUGAAGAAGACUACUAUGCCACCAAAUACUCCGCCGAGAUCGUCAACACCCUGACCAACCUGCUAUUCAUGUGGCUUGGUGUCAAAGGGUUCCUCAGUUGUCGUCGUCAUGGACAUGAUACUAUCUUCAAAGUCGCUUAUCUGGGGUAUCUCGUCGUGGGAACGGGGAGUUUCCUGUUCCACUCCACGCUGAAAUGUAAGGUCGAGCGUCAUAUACUUGCGUUGAACCGCACGUUGACUUCUCUCCUCCCAGACCCCAUGCAGCUUGUCGACGAGCUCUCCAUGAUCUACACCACCUGCCUGAUGGCCUACGCUUCCUUCUCCUACUCGAGGCCGACGUCCGUCCGCAUUGUCCUGGCCAUCUCCCUCGCCAGUCUGGCUGUCUUCAUCACCCUCUACUACCACUACCUCCAAGACCCCGUUUUCCACCAGAACGCAUACGCUCUCCUAACCACCGUUGUGGUUAUCCGCAGCAUGUACACCAUGGAAGUGACCCUGCGCCCGCGUUGGCGCCACUCGACCGAGGAAGACCGUCUGGCUCGCCAGAAACAGGGUCUCCCCGUGCUGUCCAAGGAGCGCCAGCACUACGAGAACGUUCGCGAUGUCAAAAUUCUCAAGACCAUGUGGUUUAUGGUCGUUUACGGUCUGACCCUGUUUUUGGGUGGGUUCGGCAUCUGGAACCUGGAUAACCACUACUGCUCAAAGAUUCGCGUUUGGCGCCACGCCGUCGGACUCCCGUGGGGUAUUUUCCUCGAAGGUCAUGGCUGGUGGCAUCUCAUGACUGGCAUCGGGGCUUACAUGUACAUUGUCUGGGGAACUUGGUUGCGCCACUGCCUGAACAAACGUCAGGAGGAGUUCCAUCUCUGGUGGCCUCAUUACUGGAAUUUUCCCGAGAUCCUGCGCACGAACAUCGGAUCGAAGCGCGCUGAGAACGGGACCGCAAAGAAGUCCAAUUAA